CUGAGUGCAGUCCGAUCUCACUGAGCACUAUCUGGAGACAGGGCAAAACCUCCGGACUACGCUUUAAUAGACAGAAGCAACUUUAGUUUCCAUGGGAUCAUGUCCUGCAGUAUGUGUCACACACACUUCAUGUACCGGUUGAUUUGAAAAGCUGACAGGACAAAGUGUUGCUCUGAUCACUUCUCGAGAGCUUUGGGAUUGAGUUCCGCCUUGCUGCUCUGAAGAUGUGGAGACUGCAAAUUGUCAGAUUGCCGACUUUCUGGUUCCCGGUGUGAGAGCAGGGCAAGCAGAUUCUGCCCCUUUCUCUCUCUCUCUCUCUGAAGCUCAGAUCUGGCUGGUAGCUAGAAUAGGUGCUGCUGUUUCUUCUUUUUCUUCUUCAGCAUCAUCUUCAUCAUCAUCAUCAUCAUCUGUGUUGUUAGUUGGACCUGUCCGACCUCCCAUUCCAAGCCAAGCCGCACAGGCAGAGUGAGAGACUCAGAGACAUCCACGAGCGUGCAGUCUGCUUCCUCCCCACAUCCCAGAAGCACAGAUGCAUUUUCGACUCGUUUCACUUGCGCUCGUUCUUCUAAACUGUGUGGAUUAUGGGCACAGCCUGAAUAACCGAGGGAAACGGACCAGGAGAGCAAAUACUGGACCAUACCCAAUCUGUAAGGGCUGCUUGCUUUGUUCCAAGGAUAAUGGGUGUCUUAGUUGUCAGCAGAAAUUAUUCUUCUUCCUUCGACGCCAAGGGAUGCGGCAGUAUGGAGAGUGCUUACAUUCUUGCCCAUCAGGAUAUUAUGGCAUGCGUGCACCUGAGAUGAACAGAUGUGCAAGAUGUAAAAUAGAUAACUGUGAUACGUGUUUCAGCAAAGACUUUUGCACAAAGUGCAAAGCUGGUUUUUACUUGCACAAAGGCCGCUGUUUUGAAGAAUGUCCUGAAGGCUUUGUACUAUUACAAGAUCACAUGGAAUGUGUGGAUGGUUGUGACGUAGGACCAUGGAGCAACUGGGGAACAUGUAUAAAAAACAACAAAACAUGUGGCUACAAAUGGGGGCUUGAAACCAGGACACGCCAAAUUGUGAAAAAGCCAGCAAAAGACACUAUACCUUGUCCAACUAUUGCAGAAUCUAGGAGAUGUAAAAUGGCAAAAAGGCAUUGUCCAGGAGAGAGAAAGCAAAAGAAACAAAAAGGAAAGAGUGCCAACAAGAGGAAGGGCAAGAGGAUCAGGCAUAAGGAUCGCAAACAGUACAUUGUCCUACAAGCUACAGAGAAAACUGACCAGUAAAAGAUCAAACUCAUUUAUUUACACACAGUACGUCAAGCCCCUCCACCCUCCUACACACCACACUUGACAAUUCUGCUGCUUCUGACAAUAUCAGUGGCGAGUAAUGAGAGAAAGUGUCCACAAGCUUUGUCUUAUUUAUACUUUUUUGUUAUUGCCUCCUUUUGACCUGAAUGGAAUGAGCUUGGUGUGUCAAUGACUUUUACAAAGGCCAUUGGGAAUAGGUUGGCCCAGCCAUCUGCCAUUAAAAUGAUUACGUAGAUAAAACAACAACAAUACGCAGAAAAGGCAGAAAAACCCCACCAAUCCCUGCUUGUAUAGCUGCAGAAACAUGUGGAGAAUGGGACUUGUUCCGACUAUUUAUAUGAAAGAAGACUUUGUAAUACAGGAAGAGGACUGUUCAUUUAAUGCGUUUUUUGUUUUCUUUUAUUGUACAUUCCAAAAAGACUGACCCUAUGAUGUGUGAUUACAUGCAGAGCUACAAUGUAUAUAAUCCUCAGCACAGGUUCUAUUGACAGUUGCUGAAAUAAAAUGCUUCAAAGGCUGUAUCUGUAUAACUACAAGCAAUGAAUAUCUCAUUGUUUGAUUGACAUGUACACAGUGCUGAG